AUGGUACCAGCAUCCAACUUGAUUAGCAGCGCUAAUCCGCUCACUCAUGCUCUAGUUCUUCAGUUCUUAGAAUCAAACAAUUAUAAGAAUACCUUAGCGGAAUUCCGUAAAGAGGCUAAUGAAAUUAUCGAAAAUAAUCCAAAAUUAUUUGAUGAAUUGCCUUCUAAACCCUUGACCGCGAUCGUACAAGAUUAUAUUUUAGAGGAAGUGAGAAAUGAAGUUGAGAAACUAGAUUUGGUUAAAAGCAAAAUAGACGAUGAUUUAUAUACUCCUGAAACUACUAUAUAUCCUCGUUACAUCUGCGAAACGUUCUCCCAAAUUCACAGUUCAAACAUUCUCACUGUUCGUACUCAAAAUAUUCUACUCACAAAUUAUAAUGAUAAUGACUUUGAAACCGUUUCCAUUCCCAUGAUAAUCACCGGUUCAGCUGAUAAAUCCAUAAAAUUCACUUCUUUACUUACCGGGGAUAUACAUAAUGUUUGUGAUGUUCACAAGGGUGGAGUUCUUGCUAUUGAUUUUCAUCCCAUUUAUACAAAUGUUAUGUUGAGCGCUUCAAUGGACGGUAGCGUCGCGUUAAUUGAUUCUUCUACUAUGGAAGUUAAACAAAUGUUUAAAGAUCAUAAUAAAUCUGUUGUUAGAGCAAAGUUUUCACCGGAUGGCGCUAUGUUCUUUACUGCGAGUUAUGAUCAUACUUUGAAUAUUUAUAGUCUCGGCAGUUCUUCAACACCUACACAAUCUCUUUGUAUUCUUCCAGAUUCAAGUUACUUAAUCGUGGGAAUUCGUGAUUCUAAUUAUCUUCACUACGUUAAUCUUCAAAAUACUAAAUCUAAACCUCAAUAUUUUCAUUAUUUUGAAAUCACGAAACACAAUAUGAAUGCAAAUGGUGAUGACUGGGUAUCAUUUACAGCUAUGGACAUUAUCGCUAGUCCCAAUAAUGGUGGUAAAUACUUAUUAGUCGCAACCGAUGAUGAAAAUGGCAGAAUCAUCAUGUUUAAAACAUUUAAUACAACCAAUUAUGAUGAGGGUGUUACGUCUUCAACUUUGAUCCAAUUAGCAAACUUUUAUGACAUACCUUCACCAGAAUCGUCCCCUAUCUCUUCAUCCCCAUCGAUCCCUGUAGCAACUGAUUUCUCUCGAAAAUUCACAAAUCCGAGAUUACUCUGGCAUUCAUCAGGAAAAUAUUUUUAUGCUUGUGGAGUAGAUGCUUAUCCACGUGUCUACUCAAUUGAAUCCAAAAGAUUAGUUGAAAAAUUAAAAGGCCAUGCUUGUAAUAAUGAUGAUUCAAAAAUGUGUAAUUCUGAAUCUGACAAUGAUAAAUUAAGCGGACACUCUGAUGUUGUGCGUGGAAUGUGGUACGAUGAAGAGAGAGAUUUGUUGAUUACCUGUGGUUUUGAUAAGAGUGUGAAAAUUUGGGGAAGUGAUGAAUUGUGCAGAGAAUUGAUGAAAGACUUGAAAGAAGGAGGAGAGCAAAAGAGAAUUUUGUUUAUGAGAAGGAAUACCAUUGUUUAG